AUGCAGGUCGAAGGGCUACCUCCAGGACUAGGGAUAGUGCAGGCUGAAGGGCUUCCUAUAGGCGUCCUUCCCAAAACGCAAGCUGCUAGGCAGGAGUUUUUGGAAAACUUGCAAUAUGAUUUCAGUAGCAUGGAAGCAGAGGUGCGGCAGCUCCGUGUUAUGAUGGUUCCUUGGCUUUCAAAAAGCCACAUCAGAGCCUUCUUAGAGAUGGCCAAGAAAUUGCGUGCUCAAGUACAGGUUUCCUUCUUGGCCAAGAAGCCACCGUUGUAUAAUAGUCCCAGAUCUGACAGUUCCCCCGCCUGGUUUCCGCUCGGCACGGAAGCACCUGGAUAUUUAACAAAAGGAGGAGGGAAGCCCUGUUCGGUGGUGGUAGUCUCCUUUGGCAGCGAAUGUAUUCUCACCCAGCAGGAGCUCACUGUCUUGGCUCUGGGCUUAGAAGAAAGUGAGCUUCCUUUUCUCUUUGUUCUUCUCCACCAGAUGGCUGCUGCGCUGCUCCACGGUUUUGUAGAGCGCACGCAAAGAAGAGGACUUCCGGUGACGGAGUGGGCGCCUCAGUUGCACAUUUUGGCCCAUUCUUCUGCAGGAGCGCUCCUCAAUAAUUGCGGUUGGAUAUCAGUAUCCGGAGGAUUGAGGUUUGAGGUGCCGUUUCUUACUCUUGCACUGCAGUACGAACAGAGCUUGAAUGCUAAGCUCAUAGCCCAGGAACUCGAGUUAGGGGUGGAAGUCAGGAGAAAUGAGGAGGACGAUUCUUUUUCGUGUAAAGCUAUUCGCACAUUAAUGGAGGAAGAGGAAGGUGGGCAGAUCAGAUUUCGCGUUCAAGAGAUUAGUAGAGACUUGACCAGGAACGAUAGCCAAGUCUAUCGGGUAAGCAUCCACAAUUUCGUUUCUCUAAUCAAACAAAAGGCGUCCUUCAAAUAG